GACAGAGUGAAGCAGAUGCCCCGGGAAGCAGAUUUCGCUUUUCAUGAAAGGAAAACAAAGGUCUUAAGAGAUGACUUCCGCCAGGCUCCCAGCGAUGUGGUCGUGGCUGCCGGUGAGCCAGCUGUGAUGGAGUGCAUUCCCCCGAGGGGACACCCAGAGCCGACCAUUUCCUGGAAGAAGAACAACAUCCGCAUCAGUGACAAGGAUGAGCGCAUUACGAUCCGAGGUGGUAAGCUGAUGAUGUCCAACACUCGCAAAAGUGACGCUGGCAUGUACAUCUGUGUGGCCACCAACAUGGUGGGUGAACGGGACAGCGAGCCUGCAGAACUGGUGGUCUUUGAGCGACCAACUUUCAUCAAGAGGCCCAUAAACCAGGUAGUGCUUGCUGAGGACACUGUGAACUUCUACUGUGAAGUGCAAGGAGACCCCGUCCCUACAUCCCGUUGGCGGAAGGAGGAAGGCGAGCUUCCCCAAGGGAGAUCAGAGGUUCAGAAUGAUAACAGUCUGCGCAUCAGUCGGGUGAGCGCGGAGGACGAGGGCACCUACACUUGUGUGGCUGAGAACAGUGUGGGCAAAUCAGAAGCUUCGGGAUCCCUCAGCGUCCAUGUUGGCCCAUUCUUGCCCCCCCAGCUAGUGACUCGUCCUCGGGAUCAAAUUGUAACGCAAGGCCGCACAGUGACUUUCCAGUGUGAGACCAAAGGAAACCCACCACCGGCUGUGUUCUGGCAGAAGGAAGGGAGCCAGAUUCUUCUUUUUCCCAGCCAACCGCCUCAGGCAAUGGGCCGCUUUUCUGUAUCUCCCAGCGGUGAGAUGACUAUCAUGGAUGUGCAGACCUCUGAUUCGGGUUAUUACAUGUGCCAGGCCAUUAGUGUGGCAGGAAGCAUCCUGGCCAAAGCUCUCCUGGAAGUAGAAGAUGUGACAUCAGAUCGUAUUCCACCAAUCAUUCGCCGAGGGCCAACCAAUCAGACACUUGCCAUAGAUUCCACAGCACAGCUACAGUGCCAGGUAACUGGGAAUCCCCUACCCAGCAUUCAGUGGCUGAAGGAUGGGCAACGGAUUGUGGGCAGUGACCCAAGGAUCAGUCUGUUGGACAAUGGCACACUGCAGAUUACAAACCUCCAGAUUUCAGACUCUGGACUGUACGUGUGCAUCGCUACAAGCUCCACCGGCGAAACAAGAUGGAGUGGGUCUCUUCUAGUGCAAGAGAAUGGGGUUGAUCUCCAAGCACAGCUUCCGGAGCCCAGCCUUCUCCCGGGACCACCCUCUGUGCCUCUGGUCACCGAUGUCACCAAGAACAGUGUUGCUUUGAUCUGGAAGCCAAGCCCUGUGAGUGGGGGCGCCGCUGUCAGUUCAUACAUAAUUGAAGCAUUCAGUCAAUCUUCAGGUAGCACCUGGCAGACAGUGGCAGACAAUGUGAAGCUGGAGAAGCACACAGUUAGUGGCUUGAACCCCAACACCAUUUACCUGUUCCUCAUCCGUGCUGUCAAUUCUUAUGGUUUGAGUGAUCCCAGUCCUGUCUCGGAGCCAGUUCGUACACAAGAUGUGAGUCCCACCAGGCAAGGAGUGGACCACCGGCAGGUGCAAAAGGAACUUGGAGAAGUCGUGGUACAGCUGCAGGACCCCAUCGUGCUCACCUCAACCACGAUCCAAGUGACAUGGACGGUUGACCGCCAGGCUCAGUUCAUCCAAGGCUACCGAGUAAUGUACCGGCCCAAAGGGAGCGCCUGGCUGGUGCAGGAUGUGAAGUCCCCGGCUGAACGGAGCACAGUCCUAGUCAGUCUGCAUAAAGGCCAGGAGUAUGAGGUCAAAAUCCGCCCAUAUUUUGAUGAGUUCCAAGGCAUGGACAGUGAGGUGCUGUUGGUACGCACUCCAGAAGAAGCCCCCAGUGCUCCUCCUCAAGCAGUUACUGUGGUGACAGUGGGCACCAGCAACAGUACCAGCAUUAGUGUAUCCUGGGAACCCCCUCCACCUGCCGAGCAAAAUGGGAUCAUCCAGGAUUACCGGGUUUGGUGCCUUGGAAAUGAGUCUCGCUAUCACAUCAACAAGACAGUAGAUGGAACGGUCCAUUCGACAGUCUUGCUGGGCUUGGUGCCAGGGAUGGUGUACCGCACCGAGGUAGCAGCAGCCACCAGCGCAGGUGUUGGAGUGAGGAGCGCCCCAGUCACGAUACAGAUCAAGCCCUUGCCAGACCAGGACACUGUGCCGGUGAGCAGCGGGGACGUGAGCCUUGCCGAGCAGAUCACAGAUGUGGUGAAGCAGCCAGCCUUUAUAGCGGGCAUCGGAGGGGCCUGCUGGGUCAUCCUCAUGUGCUUCAGCGUCUGGAUCUACUGUCGUCGGAAGAAGAGAAAGGAGCUGAGUCACUACACAGCUUCCUUUGCCUACACUCCAGCAGUAUCUUUUCCCCAUACAGACGGGCCGGCCCGUGGCAACAGCAGCCGGCCUGGCAUGCUUGCGAUGGCCACUAGUGCCUCCAGCUAUCCGUGGCUGGCUGAUUCGUGGCCAGCCCCGAACCUGUUGCGGAAUGGGAAGGCAAAGGAGCCCGGAGGGGCUUGCUGCCCAGGAAGCCACAACACAACCGAGAGAUACUACAACGAUGCUGGGAUUUCCAAUUACAUUGCACAGACGGAGAAGUUUGGGACAGGAGUGUCCGAUGGGCCCAUUUACAGCACCAUUGACCCGGCCAGUGAUGACAUGAGGACAUUCAACGGGGCCUUUUCCCAGCAUACCACUCCCUAUGCCACAACUCCCGUCGUACCAUAUGGGGCAACACAUCUACCGUCCCCUGAUGAAGAGGAAAGCCAAUGGAGCGCCCAGCCUGGGAUCUCCAGCAUCCAGUAUGCCCAGCCCGAACGGAGUCGGGCAGAGACCGCUGUAAAGCCUGGGAAACAGAAAUCGAUGGGAAAGCCAGUGAAAACGCCGUCCCUCAACUGGACCGAAGUGCUUCCCCCGCCACCGUCUGCCAGUGAACUGAGCCAAUACGUGGAGGAAGAAGAGGAAGAAGAAGAAGAGGAAGAGCUAGAAAUUGGAUCAGAGGUGGAAGAGUGGUGCCCGCCCUUGCCAGAAAGGACCUACCUGAUGGAGAACAUCCAGGAGGAGCCAUGCCCUCCGCCUCCCCCACGUGGCGAUGCCUCCUCUCCCGCAAAUUCCUACGGGCAGCAAUCGACCGCCACGCUGACCCCCUCGCCCCGGGAGGAGAUGCGAGCGUCUGAGGACAUUCCCAGGCUGCACCACUUUGAGAUCCCACACCUGCCCAGGCGGUUGCCCAACGGCUCAGGACCGCUGCCCAGGGCUUCCAGUCCUCCCUUGACUCAGUCCAACCCAAACCUAAAUGUGCCUGAAGAGGGAACGGAACAUAUGGUUGGCAGGCAAGGUCAUCACCGAAACCUGAGUCAGACACCAGGACAAAGUACAGAGAACGCGGACCCUCCAGGAGCUGGCAAGCCCCAUCCCAAUGUAGGGGACAUGCCUCUCCCUCCGGGACAGAAAGGGAGAGGCAAGAAGAAAUCCAAAUCCAGCCACUACCGUCGGGAGAAGAAGCAGGGAGAUCUCCCGCCCCCACCCUUGCCGCCUCCCGCAGAAGACCUCAACAUCUGCGUUCCAGAUGGCGCUCCACGACUGGACUGUGACCCUUCCUCCCUGGCUAAGGAGGUGAACUGCACCGCAGCCCUGGAGCGGAAAGCCAUCCACCGCACUGCAGCAGGCCAGCACUACCACCAGCACCGAGAUGAAGAGGAAAUCAUCCCGUAUAGUAAGCCGAGCUUCCUUUCCAGAAGUCAGGUGUCAAGCAAUUGUUCUACAACAGGGAGUUCUUCUUCCAGAGGAUCAACAGGAUCUAGAGGUCAUGGGUCAGGACGCAGCCGGACAACAGGGGAUCGUGGCGAGGAAAAAAGAUGAAACCAAAAGGAGUUGGCGAGAGCAGAGGAGGGCCAACUUAGUGGCAUCUCUGGACUUUGGGCCGGGGUGGGGGAUGAGGUUCCGUGCUUCUAAUUUAUGACCCUUCAAAAGGAGCCGUGUGGCCUGGCCCCUUGUAAAUAAUGUUUGUUCCCUGCAGGUCGGCAGUCCCUGGAAGCCAAGAAAGCUGUAUUUAUAAACCAAGAUAAAGGGACACUCCAGCCCUCGGGCCUCCAUGGGGCUGGGUGGGUUGUUUGUUUGAUUGUUUUCUCACAUUACUGCAAGUUUGUGCCCAGUGAGGAGGGGGAAUAUCCGAGAAGGUUACAGGGGAAGGGGCUCGCCUGCUGCUAAUCCAUUUCGGAAUGGGCAAUGAGGAGCAGCCCACAACACAUCAAGCACAUGCUCCCAUUCUGCCCGGGUGCUCGGUCUCUCCUGCUCCAAGGCAGGAAUGACCAAGGGGUUUCUUUGAUAGCUCAUGAAUCCUUUUGUAAAAUGACCAAUAAAGCUGUUUGUUACC